AUGACCCGGAGCCACCCUAUUAGGCUUCUGUUUAUGAUCAGUUUGGCAGUACAGAUCAUCUAUAUGGGAAACAGCUAUCAACGAGAGAAACGUAAAGGUAGUAGAGAAGAAAUCCACAACGCUACAUUUCAGAAGCUCCAGCAGACACUCAACCGGACUCCGAGUAAUUCCAGGGAAGCGCAUGGGAGCGCGGAGGGCUGGAAGUCGCGGGACUGGCUUCCCCAGUCCCCGGCUUUGCAAGAGCGUGCACCCCCGCGGCCGCGUUGCUGUAUGAACGGCGGCACCUGCGUGCUGGGCAGCUUCUGCGUGUGCUCCACCCACUUCACCGGCCGCUACUGCGAGCACGACCUGAGACACAGCGAGUGCGGCGCCCUGGUGCAUGGAUCCUGGACCUUCCGCGGCUGCAGGCUCUGCAGGUGCGUCUUCGGGGCCCUGCACUGCCUCCCGCCCCAGACUCCCGGCCGCUGCGGGAAGAUCAACUCUACAGUUCAGUACCUGCUGACCCUUUUUUCACCUGAACAGGUUCUUAUUCUGUGA